GUGGAUUAUUUAUCUAAAAUAAAACGAAAGGAUACAAUGAAAAAUGUUUGUUGAUGCAUAGUUAGAUAGUACUUUGAUUUAGGAAGUAGAGCUAAUUUACGAGGUCAUAGCAUGUGAAAUCUGAUCCCGAACAGGCUCGCUGCAAUAUGACGUAAAGCCCCUUUUUUUUAAGGAGAUUUACUCCUCCAACAUGGAGGCUCUGGGGGGCUACCCUACGAAGUCGUCUAAAGUCAAAGUAAAUAGGUACACGGUCCUUUUAAGCAUGACAGUUGGCGUUGGCUGUUUAUUUCUUCUUCAGACCAAAUUGUUUACGCCGAGGAAACCAAAGGAUUUUUAUUCUUUCGAAGUCAAAGACGCAAAGGGGAGAACCGUUUCCUUGGAGAGGUACCGUGGAAAAGCGUCGUUGGUUGUCAACGUGGCGAGUCAGAGCGAGCAGACGGAGGAGAACUACCGUUCACUGCAAGAGCUCCACCGAGAGCUGGGCACGUCUCACUUUAACGUGCUGGCGUUUCCUUGUGGGCAGUUUGGCCUCACCGAGCCGUGGGGCACCCGGGAGAUCGAAGCAUUCGCCAAGUCCACCUAUGGCGUGACCUUCCCCUUCUUCAGCAAGAUCAAAAUAAUGGGCUCCGAGGCUGAUCCUGCUUUUAAAUUCCUCACAGAAUCUGCAAAGAAAAGCCCAAAGUGGAACUUCUGGAAGUUUCUGGUCAGUCCGGAAGGGAAAGUGGUUCGAUUCUGGCGAACGGAGGAGCCCAUGGAGAGCGUGCGUCAAGAUGCCGUGGCAUUGGUGCGCGACAUUAUUCUCAAGAAAAGAGUUGAACUGUGACACUUUUUUUGUACUCCUUUGAAUGACACCGGAGUGGAGUGGACAUAUUUGAAAGAGUGUAUUUCCAGACAAAGAAAUAGUCCUAGUGCUGAGGAACCUAGAAGUGUGCUAGACUCAAACCAGUAGCACGGAAAUGUGUCAAAGGGUUCUCAGCGGUCAUGUUGAAAGCAUCAACAAGAACAAUCUGGAUGUGCAUAUGUUUAUUGUGCUGAUUGCAACGGUGAAGAGGUGCUCAGACACACGUGUCAGUGUGCACCUAACCAUGUGCUCAUCCCCAUCUCCUAUAACCACUUUGUACACACAGUAUAGCUGACUACAUUUGGACCGGGAGAACCUUUGAAGAUGUCCAUGCCGAGUGGAGCUUAUUCGAAUUAAUAAAACACAUUUCUGUUAAGUCUCUUAUGAUCUCUUCUAGUCUGCAUUUUGACCGAUUUUAAGAGAUUAUCUAUCUAUCAUAGGUGUCAAUUGACAUGAUUGAUCGAUGCAUCUCAGUGCACCAGAUCUGACCUUGAGGUGGAGGUCUGGUGUGUUGCCUUGCUGUGUCGUUGGGGAUCGAACCACAGACAUCCAGUCAAUCUGACUAGUGAAAAUGUAAAUCUUAUUAAGAAUAGAAAUUCAUGCUAUUUCAUUUUUUUAUUGUAAAAAUGACAUUUAAAAAAAAAAAUCGUAUCUUGUGGCAUUAAAGAUAGAUAAUACGAAGAAUAUAGAACUAGAAAUUCUAAAUACAACCAACAAAAAACAUUGACCGACAUGUAUAGUCAUUUGGUAGAGUUUUUAUUAGAUUUCUAUAACAAAUAGAGCAAAUCUCAUUUCAAACGUUGCAUAUUUUUCAUUGUAAAAGGACUGUUGUUCAAUAUGAAGUGUUCCUCCUCAUAACCAGUUGAAAUCGGAGUGGCCUCAGUGGGAGGAGACAGCACCUUACUGGUUUCCAUGGAUAGUAGGAGGGCAGUAGCAGGUAAGCUGGCAAACACACAACAAACCAGCUAACAAGACACUGCCUUCCAGCCGACCCACUCUCAGCACUGCUUCCUGGACCAGUCCCGUCACUCCCUCAACUGGCUUUUGCAGUUGAAAGACCGCGGACAUGUCUUAACUGAACUCAACGCAUCAGAUCAGAUACGUCCUUAGUUGCACAUUUUUACGUGUGACUGAGAUAUGCAGAAGGCCUGAUAGGCCUCAAACGUUGUCGUGAGCAUAAUAGGGGGACUUGAAAACGUAUAAAUAGUGUGAUGUAGUCUCAGGUAGCAAGUCAGGAUCCAGAGCAUUGUUAGUUGACCAAUAAUACGUCAACUAACAUUGCACUGCCUCCAAACCAGCCACAACUUAAAAAAAUAGAACAUAAAUUGACCAAGUGAUUCCAUACAGCUGCACAGACUUUAUUGUUUUCAAGACGGACUUACAGAUCUUACUGGGAUUUGAUUGAUCGUGGGAUUCAAAAAAUUGAAGUGUUUUAACAAAUGAUGCGUCGGCAAAGGCAACAAGGAGUGUCUGACCGCUGCCAUAAGCACGGCUCCAGUGCCACAACAUACACUCCAUCCUAGAAGUAUUGAGUCCAUUAUUAUACUGCGGUGUGGUGUUUAUAUAGAAUGUAGACCCUCACCUUCUGGGCGGACAACUCCAAGGGACAGUGUUUCCUCUUUUCUACAAAUUCUCCGCGAAGCAUCCUUAGGUUUAUUUUCUUCUUCCCAUCCCAACAGGAGAAGGGAGAUUUCAACAAGUCCUUGGUUCCCACCCAAAAGUCCGAAUAUAAAGUUGUUGACGGAAGAAUCCCCAUGCAAUAGGCCUAUAGCCUACUCUAAAGUGAAAUGCACGGCCUGCAUUAUCAACACACUUGGUUGCGCAUGACAUGCCAUGCGCACCUGCUCUGCCUUCUCGUGGGCGAUAUCUGCCCCUAAAUAAGCGCCCCGGGCGGACUGCAGCGCGGGAAGCACAUCUCGAGGCACGCCAUUGGCGGUUUAAGGGCUUUAAUGGGGGGAUUGUGUGUUCUGUGAUUUUCUUAGUGUUGUGAGUUCCCCUGGAAACUAACUUGGAAAAUGAAAGCAACGCAACAAAGUUAGAUUUGUCAUCGGUGUCAUGUAACAGGACGCAUGCCAAACAAUCAUAAUAGAGUUUUAAUUGUGGCUGCUUUUUUAGCAGGUGGCAACACUUUUUUUUAUUUCAAGUCGAUUUGGAUUGAGAACAUACCAACAUUAAUAUCAUAACCAAUACGAUGAA